GAAUGUAUGAUUGUCAUUUUCAUUUUAUUCUAUUUGAUUCAUCACACGAGUGGAUUGUGUUUUGCCGGCGUGGAAUUUCAUUCAAACAUUGUUGUUGUUGGUUAGAGUUUAAUUGAAAUUCAUUUUAAAGCUUCAAUUGAUUUGGUUUGUUUGGCAAAAUGUUUGAUUCAUCAAUGAAAUUGUUGGCUAUAAGUAUAUAUUGUUCAUUAUAUUUUGGAUUAAUCCAAUCAACACCGAAUGACAAUUUAAUCAUCAAUGCUAAAGUUGACCGAACAAUCGAUAUUAGUAAUCAAUUGGUCGUGAUUACUUCGCAAGUUGUUGUACUGAAUAAAGGCAGCCAGCCAGUGAAAGAAUAUCUCAUACAAUUUGGCGAUAAACGUCAUGAUGAUAAUCUUUCCUAUUUAUCGGUUUCACGAGUUGAUUCAAGUUCGAAAAAGAAAGAUGCUCUCAAAGUCUCUAAAUAUUCCACUGGUGAAUCAUUUGCAUCAUAUAAAGUUGAUCUAGGCCAACAUUCGAUUCGGUCUGGUUCAUCGAUUCAAUUGGACAUUGAAGCCACUUUUGCUCAUUUAUUGCAACCAUACCCUGUUGAAAUCAGUCAAGCUGAUCGUCAAUUGGUUGUUUAUUUGGGUAGAAUUUAUUUCCCAACUCCAUAUAUGACUGAAACACAAACUACACGUGUUCGAUUACCUUCAUCAAGUAGCGGUGCUGAAUCCUAUACCAAAUUGCGUCCAGUUACUUAUUCCGAUCGAUUCAUCAACUAUGGGCCGUAUGAUAAGAUUCCACCAACCACUGCCGAUGAAUCAGGAAACGAAGAACUUCGUGUUCAUGUUGAAAACAAUACGCCAUUUUUGACUGUUGAAAAUCUAAGUCGUACUAUUCAGAUUUCACAUUGGGCUGGAGCAAUUUCCGUUGAAGAAACAUUGGAUGUUGUUCAUACUGGAGCCAAACUUAAAGGACCAUUUUCUCGAUAUGAAUAUCAACGGGAACCAGUUUCGAAUGGUAUUUCAUCGAUUCGGUCAUGGAAAACACGAUUACCUGCUGGUGCUCACGACAUUUAUUAUCGUGAUGAAAUUGGAAAUAUCAGUACUAGCAACGUACGCACCAGUUUGUCAUCGGUUUAUGUUGAUAUAAAGCCACGUUUUCCAUUGUUUGGUGGAUGGAAAACCAAAUAUAUAAUCGGAUAUACGCUGCCCACGAAAAAUUAUUUGUUCGCAUUGAAUACAAAUACAAUGACCAAUGGUGAUUAUAUUGUACGUAUGCCAUUUAUUGAUCAUAUCUACGACAAUAUGGUUGUCGACCAGGCAACAGUUCGUAUUAUUUUGCCUGAAGGUGCCAGUGAUUUCCGUAUCACUUAUCCAUAUGAUAUUAAACGUGAACCGGAUGAAAUAUUCUACAGUUACCUUGAUACUGUUGGUCGACCAGUAAUUGUAUUGUCGAAGAAGAAUCUUGUAGAAUGGCACAUACAACCAUUUGAAUUGCAUUAUAAUUUCAAACCAUUUUAUCUUCUACAAGAACCAUUAUUGAUUGUUGGUUCCAUUUUUGGUCUAUGUAUAUUAGUCAUGGCUUUAGUUCGAACAAAAACAUCUUUGGAUGCUAAUUGAAAAUGAUACAUUUUUAUUAUUAUAAGGAUUUUGUAUAUUUUGUUUU